UGUUGGCAAAACAAUCUUAAUGUCUACCUAUCCUUGCAAAAUGUUUGCAGAAGGUAGGAUGUACCAUCUGUUCAUUUGCACAUACUAUUUUUCCAAAGUAGAAGAAACAGUAAAAGUUUGUAACAACCCUGAGAGACAAAUGCUGGGAACAGCAGUCCAAAAACAUCUUCAGCUCUGCAGGUUUCCUAUUCCUGGCCCUAUUUAUCAUUCUUUUCCCGUUCUUCAUCUUCGCUGCCCUGUUUCGGCUGUUCAGGAUUCUGGGAUAUAAAAGGGUAAAUGUAUGAAGUUGCUGUGGAUUCCACUAACGGUGUCAAUCAUGCAUAAUUCACACGUCCCUCUUUAUUUAUUUACUCUUUAAUAGAAAUGCAUUUACAGAAAUACAGAAAAUGAAAAACCUAAAGGCCACAGCAUCACAUGCUGUAAUUAAAUAUUUAUAGUUAAAAGCCUAUUACUUGCACUCAUGUAAUGAGACAUCAUUAGUCAGUUUUUAGAUGUAUAAUACUGAAAUGUCAGCCAGUGCUCAUAGGAUGCUGCUGUCAUUGUAGAAUUAGAGACAAUUAACUGCAGUCCCUACUGUGUUAUCCCUAAUCCCCGCAAAGCUUCCUCUUCUCCAUCACCCUGUGUCAUUGGGAUAGAGUGAGGAAGAUGGGAGCUGUGUGUGCAGUAGGAUGAUGCUGAUUGCUCAGCCAAGGAGAGAAUCACAGCAUCCCCUGGGCUCAGUGUGAGUCAGGGAAGCACUGCCGGCUGGGCUAGCCUGAGAGGCAGGGUUGUUGCAAGUUGCAGCAUUGCCAGGGGGAACUGUCCGACGUCCUGCAACUGAACUCUCCCUUUCAUCUUUCCCUGGGAACUGUCUCUUUGUUAUCGCCUCCCUCUUUCCCAGUCCCUCGCUUUAAGACGGAAAUUGCAAAGCAUGGUGUAUGCUCCAGGGGAGAAACCUGGGAAAGAAUCGGAGGAAGUGAAGAUACAGAAAGCCAGCAAGCAGAUUGUAGAAACCGCUAUCCUUCAAGCAGUACAACAAGUAUCUCAGGAAGAUGAGAAAGGACAAAAUAAGCCAAGCAGCAGAGCAGAGAGACAGCUACCAGAAGGGAAAUGCAAUACUGAUAAUGAUAAAUAAACCAACUGAGUUGCCUUUCAGUAUAUAAAAGCCAGCUUGUACCCUAGUCACAGAAGUGUCAGCAGCACAGUGGUACCUUUCAGCAAACCAAAGUAUUAUCUGAAUGUAAAACGACAACAGUCAGAGCAGCAUUUUGCCAUUAAGCAUUACGGGCUUGUGCAUAACAUGGUUUCCAUUAUGCCACAUUAUAGUUUUUACACAGAGAAAAAAUGGCAAAAAAGAUGGUUAUUUUGGAGUUAUUUUGUUGCGUUAUACUAAUUUGCACUAGAUUGUAUUGAUGUAUAUUGUAUACAUUUUUAUUUACCCAUAUUAUAAUGGGUUUCAAAACAAUACCUUCAUUUGUCCUUUUGCUAGACUAAAGCAUCAGAUUUCUUUAAUAUACUUAUUUUAGGGUAUGUCAACAUUAAGCAGCUUGAAAAACAACAACACUUGUGGCAGAUUUCUGUUAUGUACAAAAUGUAAAUAUACUGCAGUUUUAUGUCAUGUAAGUUGAUGCCUUCUUUUUCCUAUUUUCAUGGAAGAUUAAAAUAUUACAAGACCUGCAAGCACAAAUCAAGGCUAUUUUAUUUAGGCUGAGCUAUGGCAAAUGGAAAAGAAUAAAAACAGCUAAAAUCUAUUUGAGUAGUUUUUCAAAUACAUAUUGGCUCAGUAGGAGUGGUUUUUACAACAUUAAACAUCAUUAACGUUGGUCGCACA